AUGGCCAGCCGCUCGCGUGCGCUGCCCCGGGACCCUGGAGGCGAAUCUUCAUCUUCCACUUCACCAGAACGAGCGAUCGAUGAAGAUAACGACUUCUUUAUGCUCGAGGCGAACGACUCGCAGUCGUCGAUAGGUGUUGGCAAUUUCCGAGACCUCCGCGUGAACUCUAGACAUGAACGAGACCGAGAUACUCCACUUCCACCGAUAUACAAACUACCUCCCGAGAUCCUCAUCGCUAUAUUCUCAAGGCUUUCGUCUCCGGUUGAUAUGCUAAACUGCAUGAAAGUCUCGUCAAAUUGGGCAGUGAAUUGCGUGGCACACUCAAUAUCGGAUGAAGACAGCUAUUUCCCAUACUACGACCUCGUAAAACGCCUAAACCUCACUACCCUCAAGUCGAAAGUCAACGAUGGAACCGUAUUUUCGUUCGUCAAGUGCAAACGGAUCGAAAGGUUGACUCUUACCGGCUGCGUGAACUUGACGGACAAGGGCAUCUCCGAUCUAGUAGAAGGGAACCGACAACUUCAGGCACUGGAUGUCUCUGAUCUUGAUGCCCUGACUGAUCAUUCUUUGAACCUUGUUGCUGGAAACUGCUCCAGGUUGCAGGGCUUAAAUAUUACCGGAUGCGUUAACAUCACUGACGACUCUCUGGUAACUCUCGCGCAGAGUUGCCGCCAGCUUAAGCGGCUUAAAUUCAACGGUGUCGUCCAAAUCACAGACCGAUCUAUCCAGGCAUUCGCUAAGAACUGCCCUUCAAUGCUUGAGAUUGACCUUCAUGGUUGCCGAAAUAUCACCAACGUCUCAGUCACCGCCCUCCUCGGUACACUCCGAAAUCUACGAGAACUACGGCUGGCCCAUUGUGUUCAAAUAACCGAUGAAGCCUUCCUUAAGCUUCCUGAUAAUCUAAUAUUCGAUACCCUCCGAAUACUAGACCUCACAGCUUGUGAGAGAGUCAAAGACGAUGCCGUAGAAAAAAUUAUUGACUCGGCACCCAGGCUAAGGAACCUCGUGCUCGGCAAGUGCAAGUUCAUCACAGAUCGCUCCGUCAAUGCUAUCUACGCAGCAGUCAUACAAAUGGUGAAGUCGUGCAACCGCAUUCGCUACAUUGACUUGGCCUGCUGCAACCGCUUGACCGAUAAAAGUGUUGAGCAACUGGCAACAUUACCAAAGCUACGAAGGAUAGGCCUAGUCAAGUGCCAGGCUAUCACUGAUCGAAGUAUACUAGCACUGGCAAAGCCUAGAAUUCCGCAACAUCCGUUAGUCAGUGGCCUCGAGCGGGUACAUCUGAGCUACUGUGUCAACCUAACCUUAGAGGGAAUACACUCCCUUCUAAACUACUGUCCACGACUCACCCACCUGAGUUUAACUGGUGUCCACGCAUUUUUGAGGGAAGAUUUAACUGUAUUUUGUCGGGAUGCCCCGCCAGAUUUUACUCAACUUCAACGAGACGUCUUCUGUGUUUUUAGUGGUGAUGGCGUCGGACGUCUACGUGACUUCCUUAACCACUCUGCACUCCGAGAACGAGUUGCAGGGGUAGUGACAAUGUACGAUGAUGCCGAAUCGCCUGAUGAGGUCGAUAGCCAGCCCUCGGUAACUGGGCUCCUGAACGCUACAGCUAUCAAUGAGGGAGAUGAUCACCCGGCAACGGGGCCACAUCACUAA